AUGGCCACCCUCAUCCACACCGCGCUGGUGAUCGCCACUGUGCUGAUCGGCCUGGCCGGCAUCGGCAUGAGCGCCGGUGGCCUGGGCACCCUGCACAAGGAGUGCCAGGACCUGGCCAACGUGGACGAUGAGCUCUGCGACGAGGAGUUCCGCUCCGAGUGGUGGGCCAUCAUCUUCGGCACGGGCUCCCUGAUCCUGGCCGUCGUGUCGUCGAUCAUGGGCCGCGUCUCCAACCCGCGCUGGCUGCUGCUGGUGGUGGCGUUCGUGGCCAUGUCCACAGUAGACCUGAUGGACGCAACGGAGAAGUCGUUGGUGUGGCGCGACGAGCGCAGCGGGCUUGCCGGCCCGCUCGAGGGCGACCUGCUGCAGGUGGUCACCCAGGAGGACGACGCGGUGAAGGUGCUCACGGCGGGGCUGAUUUGCAUGUCGGCCGCCAGCUGGCUGGUCAUCAUCGUGGCCACGGUUGUGGCGCCGGAGGAGGAGCCCGCGAAGAAGGACAUCGAGGGCGCCGCGGCGCCCCUGGCCUGA